UGAAAAGUAUUUCCUAUCACAUCUAUUAGAAAACUUGAAUAUAACUUUUAAAAUCUUUGAAGAAAGUCCAGUACAGUAUGGGUUUCCUUGGAAUCUACUUACCCCUGAUGCUCACGGCCUGGGGAAUGCAGCUUUGUCCUCACCUUUACAUGUCAAGUCAAUCGGUUUUAAGUCUGAUGAUCACCAACAUUACCAAGGCCUUUGUAGAGGCCAAUCUGUAUGCUAUAUUCACGACGAUAGUACUGAUGAUGCCCUCGAAAAUGUUUACCACCGAAAGGCAAUACAACUUCAAAGGCGUCUUCGUCAUACCCUAUUUGAUGCAGUAUUUAACCUGCUUUUGGACUACCAUACAAAAUAUCAAGGAACUUCUAACGAACCCCGCCAUGCUGGUUAUGGAGGACUAUGUCCUGGUCUAUAUAAAAAUGAUCUUGAUCUUUGGACUGCAGCUUUUCUCGUUGACAGAAAUGGUUUUCAUUUUGUUCUACAGCUUAAAGAAGGAACCGCAGUAG